CAGUGUAUCACAAACUCAAGCAUUAGCACCAACAAGCUCUGAGCAACAUCAGUCUCUGGAAAGCCUUCUGAAUUAGACAAGGCCUGCCUCUCAGCACAGCUACAAAACACUUUAAACCUGACCAGCUAAAUGGAUAAACCUAGCCUGCAUAGCUUUUAAACUGGGGUCUCAUACAGCACAGGAGGCCUACUUGCUUGAAGAACUGAAAAUCCAGAGGAUGAUUUGCUGUAUCUGGGAAUGGCAAAAGCCAGCACAAUAAGGAAUGCCAGGUAUUCUGAAGAUUUUCUUUUUCUUUUUCUUUUUUUUUUCCUCUCUUUUUACAGAGAAGUUGGUUACCUUCGAGAUGGGCUGUAGCUCUUUUGCACAGCUUGCCAAUAACUGCUGAUGGGUCUCUGGUGAAUUACACAAUGAUGCUCAGAGCCUAGAGGCCCUCCCCCACCCCCAACUGCUUCCUUCUCCUUGCCCCCCAUCCCACUACGUGCUGAUUUUUUUUUUCCUAUAUGUAUAGAUUUUUUUUUUCUGUCCCCUCUGGGGAAGUUUGUAUGGGGCUACUAGCUCACAUGUAGGAUCAGAAUGGUGUGAAUGACAGCCGCGCUGUAUCAUGAAGGUGGUGGUUGUUUCAACACGUGAGACCAAACAAGAAGAAAGCUGAGAGGGGGGAACCGUUUUGGAUGACAAAGGAUGGGUUUCCAUUUAAUUACACAGCUGAGAGGCAUGCGUGUAGUGCUAGUGCUACUUCCUACACUGCUGCUUGUUAUGCUCACUGGGGCUCAGAAAGCUUGCCCAAAGAACUGCAGAUGUGAUGGCAAAAUUGUGUACUGUGAGUCUCAUGCUUUCACAGAUAUCCCUGAGAACAUUUCUGGAGGAUCACAAGGCUUAUCAUUAAGGUUCAACAGCAUUCAGAAACUCAAAUCCAAUCAGUUUGCCAGCCUUAACCAGCUUAUAUGGCUUUAUCUUGACCAUAAUUACAUUAGCUCAGUGGAUGAAGAUGCAUUUCAAGGGAUCCGUAGACUGAAAGAAUUAAUUCUAAGCUCCAACAAAAUUACCUAUCUGCACAAUAAAACAUUUCACCCGGUUCCCAAUCUCCGCAGUCUGGACCUCUCCUACAAUAAGCUUCAGACAUUGCAAUCUGAACAAUUUAAAGGCCUUCGGAAACUCAUCAUUUUGCACUUGAGAUCUAACUCAUUAAAGACAGUGCCCAUCAGAGUUUUUCAAGACUGUCGAAAUCUUGACUUUCUGGAUUUGGGUUAUAAUCGUCUUCGAAGCUUGUCUCGAAAUGCUUUUGCUGGCCUGUUGAAGUUAAAAGAGCUCCACUUGGAGCACAAUCAGUUUUCCAAGAUCAACUUUGCUCAUUUUCCACGUCUCUUCAACCUCCGCUCAAUUUACUUACAAUGGAACAGGAUUCGCUCCAUUAGCCAAGGCUUGACAUGGACUUGGAGUUCCUUACACAACUUGGAUUUAUCAGGGAAUGAUAUCCAAGGAAUUGAGCCAGGCACAUUUAAAUGUUUGCCCAAUUUGCAAAAAUUGAAUUUGGAUUCCAACAAGCUUACCAACAUCUCACAGGAAACUGUCAAUGCGUGGAUAUCAUUAAUAUCCAUCACUUUGUCUGGGAAUAUGUGGGAAUGCAGUCGGAGCAUUUGUCCUCUAUUUUAUUGGCUUAAGAAUUUUAAAGGAAAUAAGGAAAGCUCCAUGAUAUGUGCAGGACCUAAGCAUAUCCAAGGUGAAAAGGUUAGUGAUGCAGUGGAAACAUAUAAUAUCUGUUCUGAAGUCCAGGUGGUCAACACAGAAAAAUCACAGCUUGUGCCCCAAACUCCCCAGAAGCCUUUAAUUAUCCCUAAACCGACAACCUCAAAAUCUGACCCCAGCCAGUCCACCCUUGAAACACCAAGUCCUUCCCCAGGGUUUCAGAUUCCUGCCACAGAGCAAGAGUAUGAGCAUGUUUCAUUUCACAAAAUUAUUGCAGGGAGCGUGGCUCUCUUUCUUUCGGUGGCCAUGAUCCUCUUGGUAAUCUAUGUGUCUUGGAAACGCUACCCAGCCAGCAUGAAACAACUUCAGCAACAUUCUAUUAUGAAGAGGGGGCGGAAAAAGACCAGAGAGUCUGAAAGACAAAUGAAUUCCCCUUUACAGGAGUAUUAUGUGGACUACAAGCCUACAAACUCUGAGACCAUGGAUAUAUCGGUUAAUGGAUCUGGGCCCUGCACAUAUACCAUCUCUGGCUCCAGGGAAUGUGAGGUAUGAACCAUGAUCCUCCUAAAAGCGUUUCUACUGUGGGAAAGGAGAGGUAAAUGUUUGAAGCUCUAGAGGUGUAUAUAAUCUCUAGAAAGAGUAAUGACCCUUUUGCUUUUGGGUUUUGCUCAGUGUGAAAGGUUACUUAAUUUAAUUACAACCACCAGGAAAUUGACUGCUUUUUUUUUCCUUAAAUGGUUGAAACUUGAAGGAAGUUCAUUCAAGGAUGAUAUUAAGUUGGAAUAAAGCACUAUGUUAAAACAUCUGUUUUUUAACAGUUUGUAUACAGGGGUUGGACUUACAAACACACAUACACACAAAACUCUUUUCAUCCUAAAAUUUAUGUCUGGUUCUUGUUGUUUGAAUUUUGUAAUCAAGUAAAGAAGGAGGGGCCAGCUUAAUUUAAAAACAAAGUGACUUUACCAAAAUUCCAGGAGCUAAUGAAGAUUUAAACCAAAGAGCAAUUUACCCAAGCGUUGAUUUUGUUGUACAUUUUUUAGUUUUAAGUAAAGCAUGCAACAGGGAUCUCAUAGGGAUAACUGUUUCUGUGUUACUUGCCAUUUAGUUAUUAUACCAGCAUAGAGAAUGUCAGGCCUAUUGUGUAAUUGUAUUAAGGCGUUUAAAGAUGUGUUUUUUCCUCCUUUCCUUCCUUCCGACCUUCCUGCCUUCCUUCCCUCUUUCUCCCUUCCUUCCUUUCUUUUCUUCCUUCCUCCUUUCCUUUCCUUUUUAUUUUUUGUUUUUAUUUUUUUAUUACUGGACAUAGAUCACUUUUCAAAGGUUUUCUUAAGUGCUGGCUUUAUAUGUAUGUAAUCAGAAUGAAACUUAACUUCUACAUUUUGGCUUUGUCCCUGGUAACUAAAAUCAGGUCAUGAUGUUGUGGAUGAUUUAGCAAUAACACAACGACAAACAUAACAGGGACUGUUUGUCAGUGUUGCUGUCAUCCGCAAAGACAUAAUGUGUAUUCUUGUUAAACUAAUCCAAAACUAAGUGAUGCAAAUAUUUAUAAAUAAAAAGAGAGAGAUUUGG